AUGCUGUCUGCAACGGCUACUGCCUUGCGGGCAGGUUCGCGACGAGCCAUCUCCCGAGCAGCUGGCACUUCCUCCGUCGCGGCUCCGAGGCAGAUCCGAUGCCCCAACGUCGCCAUAUGCCGAGCUCUCUCCACCACGACGACGCUGGCAUCACCGCCUGCCCGAGACCGUACGCGAGAAAUUGUCGCCCAGACCGUUAGCAGUAUUGGCAGCAAGCGAGAGGGCCAGCAGUACCUCAAGCUAUUCACCUCAGUGUCAUCCCAGAAGUUCGCCGUCAUCAAAGUUGGCGGUGCCAUCUUGACGGAAUACAUCGAUGAACUGUGCAGAAGCUUGCUGUUUUUGUAUGAAUUGGGACUGUACCCUGUCAUUGUUCAUGGUGCGGGCCCCCAAUUGAACAGGCUCCUGGAAGAGGCUGGCGUUGAACCCCAAUUCGAGGAAGGCAUCCGAGUGACAGAUGCCAAGACGCUCGGUGUGGCCAGAAAGCUAUUUCUUGAGGAGAAUUUGCGGUUAGUUGAUCGUUUGGAUGAGCUUGGUGUGGCUACUCGCUCUUUGAGCGGCGUCUUCAUGGCCGACUAUCUCGACAAGGAAAAGUGGCAAUAUGUCGGCAAGAUCACAAAGGUCAACAAGGAGGCCAUUGAAAAGUCCAUCGAGGCUGGUUAUAUCCCUGUUCUGACUUCAAUGGCGGAAUCUGAAGAUGGGAGACUGCUCAACGUCAAUGCAGACGUAGCUGCUGCUGAACUAGCUCGUGCUUUGGAGCCUCUCAAGGUCGUCUAUCUCUCCGAGAAGGGCGGCUUAUUUGAUGGCGAGGGCGAGAAGAUUUCCCACAUCAACCUUGAUGAGGAGUUCGACCAGCUCAUGUCUCAACCCUGGUGCCGGUACGGCACUCGCCUCAAGAUUAAGGAGAUCAAGGAACUACUAGAUACGCUACCCCGUAGCUCCAGCGUUGCCAUCAUCCACCCUAGCGAGAUGCAGAAGGAACUCUUCACCGACUCCGGUGCCGGCACACUGAUCCGCCGUGGUGAUAAGAUUCAAAAAGUUUCUUCGGUCAAUGAAUUUGAAGACCUCGACAAGCUCAAGGCGUCCCUUAUCCGAGACCGUGAGGGUCUUGAUGCCGAAGCCACGGUUGAGCGUUACAUUGACUUCCUCCAGGAGAACCCCUUCAGUGCUUACUAUGACGACACCAUGCAAUGCCUCGCCAUUGUCAUGCCGCCCAGCAAGGACCGUGCAAUGGCCACUCUGGCUACGCUGACCAUCACAAAAUCUGGCUGGUUGACAAAUGUAGCCGAAAACGUCUUUGCUGCGAUCAAAAAGGACUACCCCAGCCUUGUUUGGACUGUGAGCGAGAGCGACGAGAAUCUUACCUGGUUCUUUGAGAAAGCUGACGGCAGCUUCAACAACAACGGUAGUGUUCUCUUCUACUACGGAUGUGAUCUUCGGUCUGAGGCUUUGGCUCCCGUCUACGAUGAAUUUAUCUCCCACGGCCGCGCCAUGCUAGGUGAUUCUAAUCUCGAGUCACGACUUCGUCGCGCUGCCCAAGCUGCUAGCGAGUCACUCGGUCGUACCCAUGCUGCCCAACAGGCUCGUACCUACUCUACCAGCUCCAGUCCUUUCCAGAAUGCCGCUCAACGUCGGGGCUAUGCCACCACUACGAACCCCAACCCACCUUUUGGUAAAAAGAAUGCCUCCAACGAUGUACCAUCUCGUGUCGGCUUGAUUGGUGCACGCGGCUAUACUGGUCAGGCUCUCAUUGACUUGCUUAACGCCCAUCCUUAUAUGGACCUUCGACACGUCUCUUCCAGAGAAUUAGCCGGCCAGGAGCUGCAGGGCUACAGCAAGCGAAAGAUUAUCUACGAAAAUCUGGGUCCCGAGGAUGUUGCUAAGCUGGAAAAGAAUGGUGAAAUUGACUGCUGGGUCAUGGCUCUGCCUAAUGGUGUGUGCAAGCCUUACAUCGAGGCUCUUGAUGCAGUCUCCAAAGGCAGCAAGCGUCAAAGUGUCAUUGUAGACCUUUCUGCCGAUUAUCGAUUCGACAACAAGUGGACAUAUGGCUUGCCAGAGCUAACCAAGCGAUCUGAGAUUUACAAGGCUACCCGGAUUUCUAACCCGGGUUGCUAUGCCACCGCCGCUCAGCUCGGUAUCGCUCCUAUAUUAGAUCACCUUGGCGGACAGCCCACCGUGUUUGGAGUCUCCGGGUACUCUGGUGCCGGCACCAAACCGUCCCCCAAAAACGAUGUCAACGCCCUAAAAGACAAUCUUAUGCCAUAUAGCUUAACAGAUCACGUCCACGAGCGUGAAAUUAGCAGUCAGCUUGAUACCCCUGUCGCCUUCAUGCCUCACGUUGCAUCUUGGUUCCGUGGUAUUCAUCACACCAUCAGCAUACCCCUUAACAAGACCAUGACCUCUCGAGAUAUUCGACAAAUCUACCAAGACAGAUAUGCUGGAGAGAAACUUGUCAAGGUUGUCGGUGAGGCCCCGCUCGUCAAGAGUAUCAUGGACAGGCAUGGCGUAGAAAUUGGCGCAUUCGCCGUUCAUAGCAGCGGGAAGAGGGUGGUUGUUUGUGCUAGCAUUGACAAUUUGCUCAAAGGCGCGGCUACACAAUGUUUGCAAAACAUGAAUCUUGCUUUGGGGUAUGCCGAAUUCGAAGGCAUCCCUACCAUGUAA